GGGAAAGUGGAAAAUAUAUUCUGCUAGAAAAAAGUUAAAAUCGUCAAAUUCUGAUUGGAACAAAUGGUUUAUUAACUUUAAUGAAUCCGAUGGAAAAAUUGUGCCAGAAUUUAAUAAUUUUAUUUUUACAAAUGUAAUGUGUGGACAAAUGGGGAAUCAAAUAUAUCGUUAUGCUUCAUUAUAUGCGAUGGGAAAAUUAUUAAAACGAACACCAGUUUAUUUACAUAAUGAAACAAUUUUGUUAAAAAUGGAAGAAGAAUUUUCAAAAAUAUUUCCAAAUUUCUAUAAAAGAAUUUAUUAUUUGGCCAGAUUUUGAUGAAAUUGAGAAGUUUAGAUUAAUUCAAUCUUGUUGUGAUUUUGUCGAUCCAGAAAUGUUUGUUUUUAAUUAUCUUAAUGAUUGUGGG